GCCCAGCGCCAGCUCUGGUCUUCACUCUGCUACUGACCAUCACGUUACCACUCUGGGUUUCUGUUUCUUCAGUCAUGAAAUAGAACUGAGUGUCACCUUCCAUGGGGCUUUGGACACUUGAUUUGGUGAUGACCGAGAUCUUCCUUGAUGGGCCUGAGGUCAUUGCCUCUUGCUCCUUCCAAGGCUUCUAGCUGGAAGGAGCCUGUCUGUAUCAUGUUGCCCACACUCCUCCCUGGACAGUCUGCAUGAGCCUCCUCAGCGGACUUGUCACCUGCAGAGGCAGUCCUGCCAUCUUAACCUGUAACGUCACUCAGUGUCAGAAUGUACUGGUUUUAAAUCUUGUUUGGCCAGCAUUUUAUUCUGGUCUGAAGAGAGGAAGACUCCUUUCUUCCUGAACUUUACGGUGGGAUUCUUAAGCCAUCCUUCCCUGAACCUUCUCUCUCCUAAGGAAACACAUCCUAGCUCACUAGCUCAUUUUCUUUUCUUCUCUGCCUAUUUCUCUUCUGACUUCAUCAUGUCUCUUUCCUUUUGAGAGCUCCAAAUUUGACCUAAUCUCCAGGAAAAUGAAUGAGGGGAAAGGAGUUAAGGAUUGUGCCUAGAUUUGGGGUCUGAGCACCUGGGUGAACAGAUGUCUAUCUGAGUUGGCUGUAGGAAAGCAGGUGAGCCAGGGAGAGGUUGGACAGCAGCCAGCGUGUAAAUGCAGUCCUACCUGGGGAGAUGGUGCAGCCUGGUAGAAGGUGUAGAAUGAGAGAGGCUCUAGGAAGGAACCCCAGGAAACAUCUUUAGGGGACAGGCAGAGGAAGAAGGACCAGACAGAGGCUGCAGAGGAGGUGCAGAUGAGAGGGAAACAAAUUGUGGUGUCCCAGGGCCAUGGGGAAAUAGCCUUCCAAAUGGAGGCUGUGGGCAGAUGCUUCAGUUGUUGCAGAAAAGUCCAUUGGGGUCACUGGGAGCCUUGGCAAGAGCAGUGACUAGGAGUGGUGGGGGCCAGAGCCAGAGAAGAGAGGGUUUCAGGGGAUGGGAGGUGACAAAGUAUAACCAGCCCUUCAAGAGUCUCUGUGACAAAGAAUGAGAGGACACUCGGGGGGCCAGAGUCACUGGCAUUAGGAGCUACUCCAUCCUGUGUUCUCUGUUGGAGGCUGACUUCUAGAGAAGGAAUGUCAAAGGAUCUGAGCCAGGCCUCUGGCCUAAGCAGCCUCAGGCUGCAUCACUCCUGAAUAAGCUAUGUAACCUAUUUAUGAUGCCUCCCAGUGUGCCAGGUACGGCCAGGUGCUCAGGAUGCAAACGCCAGUAGGCUCUGCCCCCUCCUGGCUUGUGCUUACAGUGUCUAGUGCCGCAUCUCUUCCAGGGAAACCGGCCUGACUUCUUGGUGAGGUCAGACCCUCUCUGGGGUCUCCCAGCCUCGUUCCUGCUCCUUCAUACCUGCAUUAUGGCUCUGGUUCUACCUGUCAUGAGUGAGUCUUAGUCACGUCUGUCCCUACGCCAGCCUGGAGGUCACAACGCAUGCAGGGGCCUUGCCUGCUGUAUUCUGUGUCCGCUACACAGGAGAAUUGCCAAGUGUACACUAGGUUCUCAGUAAACACUGAGAGAAAAAAGAGAAACACUAGUUAGUUUGGCAAAGAAGCUGGACACAGAAACCACUAAUGUGCAGAGGGCUGCUCCAUUGGGUCUGGGAAUGAAUGGCAUCCUUCUCCAAGGAGGUUUGAGGUCUUGAGAGUUUUGUCUUAGGGCUGAUUUCAUAUUAUUUCUCUAUGCCUUUUGUCCUCUGCUGUCUUCUCUCCCCUCUUGGCCUCACCUUCCCCCUCAGUGUUCCUCAAAGUUGAGUAGGGCAGCUGAGAGCCGUUCUUUUCAUCUUGCUUUGCAGCCUGGGCUCAUCUUCUCAUUUCCCCAAGUUCCCAAGCAUGUUGGAAGUGGAAAUAAAAAAGCCCCAUAAGAGACGUACACCCUCAGGACCUGUCUCCCCCAUUACCAGACCCCAGAGUCCAGCUGCCACAAUGACUUCUCCUGGCUCCAAGUUCAACACCAGAGCUACCAACACCUCUUGUGGACUUGGCUGGGGUUCCAGUGGGGACCUGCCAGAGACUGAGGUCAAACUUGAGUUUGUAGACUUAGAGGAGAAGGCCAGCAGUGGCCACAGGAAGAGCAGACCCUCUGGCUCCCAAAAGGGGAGUGAGAGGGAUCUGCCCCUGCAAAGUAAGAGACCCCGCCCCCUCCGCAGUGGCUCUUCCAUCCCCUCACCUGACCAACUGUUCCUGGAGGAACAGGAGGAAGUAACCCCGGGCCUACAAGUCUCUGGCAGGAAGAGAAGAGCCUGCUCCCUGGGGAGGCCUGGUUUCCACUCAACUUGUGCAAAGAGCCAGGCCAUCCUGGGGCAGAAUAAGCCAAAGGGAGACUCUGAAGUCUGUGGUGUGAAAUCUGGGCUUGGGCAGGAGCCCUCUUUGCAGCCUGAGAAGGUGUCCAAGCAGAAGGCACGUGGACAGAGGGACGGGGGGCAGCAGGCAGGAAAGAAGUCGAGAGCCCCAGGGCUCAGCUCUGGGCCGGCCCCUUCUACUCCAGUGCUGGUCCAGGCAACCAGUCUGGACAGGUCAGAGGUGGGCCAGCCUAGUGAGACUGAUGAGGCGAAGCAAACUGAUAUCCUCAUAGCCCAUCUGGAUAGACAGGUACGACGCCUCAAGAAGUGGAAGAAGAGGCAUUUGCUUCCUGGUGUGGGGGAGGAGAAGUCCCUGCCGAGCCUUCAGAAGCUACCCUGCUUGAAGAAGCUGGUCAGAACUAUAAAAGAGACCAACGGCUGGGCUUCUCAAGGGCAUUGCCCAGGCCCUCAGGCCACCACAGGUCAGAAGCCCUCAUUGGAUCGCAGACGGUUCUUUCCUGUUGACUCUAAGAGCACCUGCCAUGCCACCUGCAUUCUGUGUCAUGCUGACAUUAGACAAGGCAAAAGUAAGGGGCAAUCUAAAACCUCAGGCCUGCUCUGUCCCCUGGUGAGUAAGAAUGGGCUGGAGAGGGAAAGAAGGCCAAUUGCAGCCAGCCCAGGGAGAAAGCGGGUAGGGGCAGUGAAGAAGCAGAAGGGCCUGCCUGCAGAUGCCACCAGCCUUGUCCGUGAGGGUCUCCCGUCAGGACAUUGCCCAGAUGGCUCACCCUCAGAAGACAAUGACGGGCAGCUGGCCCCAGGGAGGUGUGAGCAGCUGAUACUGGCUCCACCACCCCUGCCCACUCCCAUCAAAGACGAACCUCCCCCAGUGGCAGGCGGAGAGGACCAAGGUGGUAUAUGUGCUCCCAGCCAGUCCCGCUCCCAGGCCUGGCACCAGAGCAUUGCUGAGCUACUCUGCAGCUUGACUUUGCCACUCUCCUUUUUUUCUUCCCCGCCCUUCAGAAGGUUUAUGGCCCAGGUUGACCCUUGCUACCACCUGCCGCCUCCAGCUUUCUUUUCUGACAAAGCCUUGCCUCUGCUCCGCGAGUCGAUGGGUGAGCAGGUGCGUCGGGAGAUGCAGUGGGCUGAGGGCAGCCGCAUCCACCUCACCAUGUCUGCGGCAGCCCAGGAAGUGGUCGCGGAGGACUACGUGGCCAUCACUGCCCACUGGGGGGUGAUACAGCCCCGUAGCUGUCAGGUGGUGUCAGGGACCCUGAGGAAGCAAGCAGUGCUCUGCGUCCGAGGCCUGCCCCUGGAGAGUACUGUGGAGGACAGGCAGCGGGAACUGCACAAACAGGUCAGCCUGUGGCUGGGCCGUGACUCCCUACAACCAGGCUUCCUGGUAUCGAGCGGCUGCUCCAGCCUGGAGCAGGCGGUGACAAUGGAGGGCUACACUCUUGUCCCUUGCUUUGCCCACUGCCUCAACUCUCUGGUGAGAAACUUUCUGUGUCACCAUCAUAGUGUCCAGAUCAUCCUGGGCACAGCCAGGGCCAUCUGCAGUCAUUUCAAAGGCUCUUCAGAGGCCCGGCGGCUCCUCAUGCAGCUGCAGCAGCAGUGUGGCCUCCCAGCCCAUCAGCCCUUCUGGGAGCUCUCAGAUCACUGGGUCUCGGCCUACCACCUGAUGGAGUGGCUGGUGGAGCAGCAGCGGCCACUGCGAGAGUAUGAGGAGAAGCACCAGCUGGGGAAGGCUGGCAUGGCCCUGUCGGCCACAUUUUGGAGCCUGACAGACAGCCUGGUCAGGCUCCUGCAGCCCUUCCAGAUGGUGGUCCAGGAGGCGAGUGCACCGCAGACUUCCUUAAGCCAGGUGCUGCCGCAACUGCGCUACCUGCACAUCUUCCUGGAGCAGGUUCAGAGGCACUUUGAGGAGCAGAGCGGCGGGGAGAUGGGUGCGGCCAUCCGGUUGGCCCAGGGCUUGGCCCUGCAGCUCUCCACAGACUGUCAGCUCAGCAAGCUCUUCCACCGUGAGGAGUUCGUGCUUGCCACUCUACUGGACCCCCGCUUCAAGGGCCAGAUUGAGGCCAUCCUGCCUGUGGGGGCCGACAUUGACCACUGGAAUCAAGUUCUCGUGUAUAAGGUGAAGGAGGUUAUGGUGUCUGAAUACUCCUUGUCUCCCUCUCCCUCCUUGCAGAGCCCCAAGACUAUGCGUGUGGAUGCCACCCUGAGUGACAGAGUAGCCGAGGGCCCUGGGGCAGAGGGGAAUGGCCAGAAGGAGCCAGAAGUGCGGAGAAGCAGCAGAUCUAGGUCUUCGCUGUUGGGCCAGAGGGAGAAGAGCUUGCUGGAACAGCUGGAAAGUGUAGGGCUGCUGGCAUCCCGGAGGAAUGGAGCUUCGCUUUCCACUGAGAACCACCUGGCCACAGUCAUCGUCAAGAAGUACCUGCAUGAAAACGAGACAGUUGGUGCCCAGGAGGACCCCCUGGCUUACUGGGAGAAGAGGCGGGAAGUCUGGCCAGCCCUGGCAAGACUGGCCACCGUCUAUCUGUCCUGUCCUGCUACCAGCACCUUCUCUGGAAGUGUAUUUGCUUCCCUUGAUAGCCGCACUAUCAUGGAGAGCAACUCCCCUCUCCCAGUGGAGACAGUUGAGCAUCUCCUCUUCUUGAAGACCAACCUGGAGAAUUUCCCCAACUACACCACCUCUCCCCUUAUCUUCCCCAGUGGCGACCUGGCGAAGGGGGAGCAGACCAGGGAGUCUGGCCCCACUGUCUGAUGCCCUCAGAAUCUGCCUGGAGGAACUCUGCCAUAGAUGAAAGGAGAGAGCAGUGUUGUACUUAGGAUAUCAGACAAGGGCAGCCAGAAUCCUAAACCAUUUGGGAAGAAUGGGGACACUUUCUCAAUUCUUGACAGAUUGCCUUUUUUCCUUUUGUCUGGGAGGUGGCAUUUUCUGUCUACCCAUUGCUUAACCUACUUCUAGCACUAUGUGCAUAGAAAA